AAGGAUCUGGAGCUCACAAACCCAUUCACACACACACAAGCGCAAACAUACAGAUUCUGGGAGGCGCCUUGGCAUGCUGUUAGCCCAAAUAACUGAUGACAGUGGAGAGAAGAGCAUUUCUUGUGAAUGAGUGAGUCAGAAGUGACUCACUCACAAGCAUCGCUGGAUUGGUUGGAUCCCUCAAGCAAAACUGGUAACAGGAGCUUGGACUCAAACGACACUAGUGUGUCCUGGUGUGUACGAUUAGAAAUAGGGAUUGAGUUCAUUCUUGUGUUUGUGUAGACUAGAAAAUAUUCUGCGCUCUGGUGCGAGGUUGAAAAGCAAGGUCCAGGGGUCCUGUAAGGUGCUGAGCAUGUCUUUCGCGAUGGUGCGACCAACCCCAGGUCAUUUCUUGUGCUCUGAGAUCAGCAUGCAUUCCGAGGACGACGACAACGGCAGCGAGGGUUCUGGAUCCGAAGACAAGUCCUUCCGUAUGGCAAGCCACAGCUAUGGUGCCUUUAAGUUGGGUGCUCCCAAAAAGAGGUAUAGCUGCCGACCGGUAGCGGUUCCUACCGAGAUCCGUUCACAGAUCGUUGAGGUACGGCAGCGGAACACCGCAAAUGCCCGAGAGCGGGAUCGCACGAACAGUGUGAACACGGCAUUCACCGCUCUGAGGACGCUGAUACCCACCGAACCCGCCGACAGGAAGCUGUCCAAGAUUGAGACAUUGCGGUUGGCCUCCAGCUACAUCUCACACCUGGGGAACGUCUUGCUGGUUGGAGAGGAGUGUGGAGACGGCCAGCCCUGUCUCGGGAGUCCUGGAGCCUUGUAUCAUCACCACCACAAUCUCCAGAAGAGCUCGACACCCAGCCCGGACUCAGAAAACUCACAGCCCAGACAGAUCUGCACCUUCUGCCUCAGUAACCAGAGACGGCUGAAUAAAGACAGAGAAAGAAAAACUGCGUUAAGGAGUUAAUGAUGAGGAGAAGAGAGAGUAAAAGAGCGUUCCCAUCAGAUCCGUCUGAAGACGCGCGCCUGAGCGAACUGCACAUUUAGUGUAAAUUUGCUGUAAAUAAUGUUUAAUUAAAUGUAACACUGCUUAACUUCCUGGUGGACGGCAUUAUAACGGACAGCUACACUGCCUUUCUGCAUUUCCAUAUUUAGAAGCCAAAAACUAUGUGAAUUUAAUCCUAACCUUUUUUAUACAGAGGUGAUAUACUUUUAUACCAACAUAAUAGGGACAAAAGACUGUUUACUAAGACUAUGGGGAUGAUUUAUAAGUUAAAAACAGCAAAAGAAAAAGACAACUUGCGGCAACAGCUAAACUUCA